AUGAGAGGAAACGCUGCCCAGGUCAAGGUUCACUUCAAGGGAAGCGACGACGACUACAUUGUCUUUGUCGACUCUGCCCAGGCUGUCCGUGACUGGAAGGCCGACAAGUCUGUCCCUCUUGCUCAGGUCGUCAGCGGCUGGAAGAUCUUCGUCACCCACAAGUACGUGUCAACACGAUUACCCCGCCAUACCCCACCACGACUAACAACUCUGCUAUCAAUAGGCNAGGGUACCACCGGUAUCCUCGAUGGUGCCUCGAACAGCCAGCUUGAGAACGAGUUCGGAACACACAAGGAAGAGGAGGUCGUCAAGCAGAUCCUCGAGAAGGGUGACAUCCUUGAGACUGAGGUAAGCCCAGAUGCCCACCAGUCUUUGGUCAACAUUAUGGCCUGGAAAAAGCAUAUGCUAACACAAACAAUAGNNAACUCUGCCCGCAACGGUGACAGAAACAUCACCCAGGGUCCCUCGGUCGGCCACUAG